AAUUGAAUGGGGAAGUUUGUCGCUCGUGCGCGAGGAGUCCAGCAGCAGCAGCAGAAGCGCGCGAGCUCAGCGCAGCACAGCACGAGCACCCGCCGCGCGCUCCCGUCACUCUGAUAUAUAUUAUCUAUGUGGAGGUAAGGGUCUGCGGGCACGCGCUCUCACUUUAGGAUCUGACAGCUCUGUCACUGGAGGCGCGCGCGCGCGAGGAUGGACGUCAUUCCCAUGUGCAGCAUCUUCCAGGAGCUGCAGACCGUCCACGAUACGGGCUACUUCCCCGCGAGACCCUCUCUGGAGGAGAACUGGCAGCAGACAUGUCUGGAGCUUGAGCGCUACCUGCAGAGAGAGCCGUACGUGUCCCCGGCUGACCUGAGGUCAGUCUGUGGGUCAGACGAUCUGUGGACGCAGCUGAUUCGCUGCUGCGGGGAGGCUGGCUCUUCCGUGGCCCCGCCGAAAGCCUCCCUCCCUGGGCACAACCAAAGCCAAGCCGGCCUGUCCGCUCUGGAGCUCCACGGCUGCGGGUCGGACUCCAGCAGUGAGGGAUCAGACAGCGGUGAGGAGCUCUCCCCCUCUGCAGACCACCACUCCCACCCCCUCACCCACGCCAUGACUGCUCGAGACCCCCUGAGGGCACACACACACUCCCUGCCCCAAACCACAGUGGUGAAGAUGGCUCCCGAGACCGUCCUGUCACUUUCGCUCGGACACGCGGUGGCGGAGGAGGUCACGGCGGAGGAGGAGAGGUCAGGAGCCGGAGAGGUCAAAGGUGAAGGGCCGGUGGAGGGCAGGAGGCGGGUCCACCACUGCCACUUUAACGGCUGUAGGAAAGUGUACACCAAGAGUUCACACCUGAAAGCACACCAGCGCACACACACAGGUGAGAAGCCGUACAGGUGUUCUUGGGAUGGAUGCGAGUGGAGAUUUGCCCGGAGUGAUGAGCUCACUCGACACUUCAGAAAACACACCGGGGCGAAACCCUUCAAAUGCAGCCACUGCGACAGGUGCUUCUCUCGCUCGGACCACCUGGCUCUGCACAUGAAGAGACACACCUGAAGAGAGGGAUGAGAGGAUGAAGAAAGAAAAAGAAGAAGAACUGUCUGAAUGAAAGACAGCAUUACAGAGGGAGAGAGAGAGAGAGAGAGAGUCUGUGGUUCUGUGGAGGAAUGACUGUGGCUUUUUGUCUGUGCUGUGUGGCAGGAAGUUGAGUGACUGUGUGUGUGUGUGUGGGUUUGGGGGGGUUGGUUGGUUAUCUGGCACACACAUGCUGUAAAGAGCAGAGCUGCGGAUACAACAGCACAGCGCCUCCUGUGGACAGAGGAGGAAGUGCAUUCCUGAAAUACAAUGAGUCUGAGUGCUUGAGAGGAAGAUUAUUAUUUUGGUAUUAAGUGCAGCUAAUUAAUGUGCAAUGCGAGUGCGUGAAUGCGUGUAUGUGUGCAUGUACGCGAGUGUGUUUACAUGAGUGCAUGAAUAGGAGUGUGUGAAUGUGAGUAUUUGUUAAUGUGAAUGCGAGCGCAUGAGUGCGAGAACGCAAAUGCUAAUGCGUAAAUGUGAAUGCGUGUAUGUGAGUGUGUAAAUGCGGGUACGUAAGUGCAUGUACAUGAGUGCUUUAAUGCGAGUGCAUGUAUGUGAGAGUGUAAAUGCGACUGUGUUCACGUGAGUGUGAAUGCGAGUGCAUGCAUACGAGUUUGUGAAUGUGAGAGCAUGUAUGCGAGUGCUUGAAUGCGAAUGUGUGAAUACGUCUGUGUUUACGUGAGUGUGUGUAAAUGUGAGUGUUUUUGUGAGUGUGUAAAUACGACUGUGUUUAUGUGAGUGUGUGUAAAUGUGAGUGUGUUUGUGAGUGUGUAAAUGCGACUGUGUUCACGUGAGUGUGAAUGCGAGUGCAUGCAUACGAGUUUGUAUAUGUGAGAGCAUGUAUGCGAGUGCUUGAAUGCGAAUGUGUGAAUACGUCUGUGUUUACGUGAGUGUGUGUAAAUGUGAGUGUGUUUGUGAGUGUGUAAAUACGACUGUGUUUAUGUGAGUGUGUGUAAAUGUGAGUGUGUUUGUGAGUGUGUAAAUACGACUGUGUUUAUGUGAGUGUGUGUAAAUGUGAGUGUGUUUGUGAGUGUGUAAAUGCGACUGUGUUCACGUGAGUGUGAAUGCGAGUGCAUGCAUACGAGUUUGUGUAUGUGAGAGCAUGUAUGCGAGUGCUUGAAUGCGAAUGUGUGAAUACGUCUGUGUUUACGUGAGUGUGUAAAUGUGAGUGUGUUUGUGAGUGUGUAAAUACGACUGUGUUUAUGUAAGUGUGUGAAUGAGACGGUGUUUAUGUGACUGCAUUAAUGCGAGGGUGUCAAUGCGAGUGUGUGUAUGCAAGAGCAUGUAUGCGAGUGCAUGAAUGUGAGUGUGUAAAUGCAACUGUCUUUAUGUGAGUGUGUUAAUGUGACUGUGUUUAUUUGAGUGUGUGAAUGAGACUUUUUUUUAUGUGAGUGUGUGAAUGGGAGUGCGGCAAUGUGAGUGCGUGAAUGCGAGUGUUCUAUAUGUUCUAUAUUAUCAGCGUUCUCUGUUGCAGUGUGUGGAUGGCACAGUUGAAUUGCUGUGCAGCUAUUGAGUGUCAUUAUGAAUGAGUGCACUUUACUGAAGGCCUGCCUUAUAAACUCCGCCUCCUGUAACCCUGAGCACUAUGUGUCUUUAAAUGCUUAGUGUUGUGAGUGUGUCUAAGGUUAGCUACACUGCUAACAAGAUCCAGCUGUUCAGCAGAGGUGGGUCGAGUAUCCUAAACCCAUACGCCAAUGAACCUAUCAUGACUUUUCCAGAAAUCAGUUUUAUUAAGCGUAGGGCAUCUGUCAUGAUAAUGACAUUAAUUACAGUAAUUAUGAUUUAUCUUAAAGUAUGUUGACAUAAGUACAAAUGAAGCUAUCAGAGUACUUGAUUAGGUAGUGGUAAAAUUUUACUAAAAUUGUUUUUCUUACAAAUAUACUUGAAUUAAACACAUUUUAAAAUGCUCAGGAAAUUACAAAUCCACCAAAACCGUCUACAAAUUGUUACUCUGCUGUACCUCUGCUGCUAAGAGUCCAUGGCACUCUAGCCCAACAUUCCCCAAAAAAACAACUGAUUGAGUGUGGUGGUCUGGACAUGAGGUGUGUUUAAGUAAAUUUCUGGUGUAUUGCUAUCUUGGCAAAAGAAAACACAGCUGUGCAACUGACUGAUUACAACCCUGACAACAGUCAACAGUCUGAAGUUCAUUGCUAUCUUGGCGAAACAGGUGCCCAAAACACAUUUAUGAUUAAUUAAAAUAAUUAGUGCAUAUCUUUUGCAUUUUUCGAGAUGCACAAGUGUACUGUUCCUGUCGUUAUGAUAGCAAAGUCACACUGACAGGCACUAAAUCAAGCUGCACACUUGACGAGUCGCCAAUAGGUUGCUAAAAUACAGCCCUUAGUCUUGGUUAAAUAUAAGGAUAUAAAAGUUAAGUUUAGUAAAAUAAAAUGGAAGGUUCAUUAAAUAAGUUAGUUAUAGUUUAUAUUGCAGUUAACCAAAUACAUUCCCCAAAAAACCAACAGUUGAGUCUAAUGCAUUUAAUAACAUUGAUUUAAAGCUUACCAUUAUUAAUGUGACUAUACUGCUAUAUUUAUAUCUAUAUAACGAUGUAAAAGCAUACCUUAAACAUGCACAUAUGUAGAUAAACUAUAGUAGGAUUAAGUGUACUUAUUGAUACAUGGCAAACUUUACAAGUUAAUGGAAUUAAGCUCCUUAAACAGUUAAGUUUAACUCCUAAAGUUAAACUGGCCCAACCAUUAAAAUAAAAUGCUGAUGGAAAAAAAAAUUUUAAUUUACUUUACAAUAAAAGUCUGUCUUUGGGUGCAUAACAACAUACGCAGCUACAAAUGUAAUACAACCAAUACAGGUUGGUUUCGAUUCCGGGUCAUGCUGUUUGCCAUCAGCAGCCGGAGUCUGAGAGAGAGCACAAUUGGCCGUGCGAUCUCUCUCCACAUUCCUAAUUUAAUGCGGUCAGCACAGGCAUCUGGUUGCUUUCCUCUUGAGUAGUUCUUUCACCACCUAGUGGAAGUUGGAAAAGAGGCAGAGUCUUAUUUUACUUGUAUCGUAUAUCGGAGGAGGCAUGUUUUAGUCUUCAUCCCCGAGGCUCCCAGCAGUCCCUCAGAAAUGGCUCUGUAAUCCAGCGUUGGGGAUGUUGAUGCGUGUUGGGGAACGCAUGUUGGGUCAGGGUACUCUGGACUCUCAGGCUUGUUUGGAAUGCUAAUUAUGCUAAUUAUGCUGGAAUGCUCAUCACAUGUGCUUUCACUGUUUAAAGACUCAGUGCUCAGCUGGAGCUCAGUGUCAUCAAGCUAUACAGUGUAUAUAUAUAAAAAAAAAAAAAAAACAUUGUUUUAACCACAAUUGCUGGGAAAGAAACUUUGAAGGGUCCUAAAAGCAGAGUCUCUUUACAGCUAUAAAGCAUGAUUUUCUUGUAUUUUGUUUUGUUUGUUUGUUUGCCUCUGUCAUAUUUGAUGCUGUAUAGUCAUCGUGCCUUAAGGCCUGGCCUGCAAACCAAUCAGGAAUCAAAAGCCAGAUAAGCCCAGCUGUCCAGUAAGUCAGUGUCCAAAAAACAUUCUGAUAAAGGGUAUAAACACAAAGAAUCUCUCAACAUGCUUUGAUAUAAUGCCAUUUUAGAGAAUCCCAAAUAAGAAUUGUAAGGUUCAUACUGCAGAACAGCCCCUUAAAGACAUGCCUAAAUUAGUAGAUCUGUUUAUUUGCAAUUGUUUUAGUUACUUUUACAUUAUAAUUAAGUUAUGAAGGGCAAUAAAUACUUUAAAUGUGAUUUAAACAUGAUUUUUACUGUGUAACCCCUUUCAAAAUAUUUCACAAUCCCCUAACUUACAAACUUACAACCCUAUUGACAACUAUAAAUAUAUACACAUAUACUGUAUGUUAUACUGUUAAUUUGAUUUGAUACUGUUUAUUCGUUAUUCAUUUGAUCCGGUACUUUUCCUACUUUUCCUAAAGUACCACUCACUGAUGGUGACUCGUGAACAUAACAUCUGCCUGUGCCUUUUAAAUAGCGACAAAAUUUACUUAUAUAUCUACACCAAUGAGUGUGGUGGUCUGGACGUGAGGUGUGUUUAAGUACAUUUCUGGUGUAUUGCUAUCUUGGCAAAAGAAAAAACAGCUGUGCAACUGACUGAGUACAACCCUGACAACAGUCAACAGUCUGAAGUUCAUUGCUAUCUUGGCGAAACAGGUGCCCAAAACACAUUUAUGAUUCAUUAAAAGAAUUAGUGCAUAUCUUUUGCAUUUUUCGAGAUGCACAAGUGUACUGUUCCUGUCGUUAUGAUAGCAAAGUCACACUGACAGGCACUAAAUCAAGCUGCACACUUGACGAGUCGCCUAUAGGUCGCUAAAAUACAGCCCUUAGUCUUGGUCAUGUAUAAUGAUAUAAAAGUUAAGUUAAAAUGGAAGGUAAAAUAAAAUGGUUCAGUAAAUAAGUUGGUUAUAGUUUAUAUUGCAGUUAACCAAAUAUAUUACAUUCCUGCCACCACAAGAUAAAGAUCUGCUAAUCAGAAUAGAGCUUAUUUUCAUACUUAUUUCAUUGUUCGCAUCAAGCAUCAAAAGCAUCAAUCAAAAUCCCUUAAUCCCACAGAAACAGUGAAAAGUCUCAGGGAUAAAAAAAAAAAUGCAACAGAAACCUUUUUAAGUGUAUUUUUUGGAGCUUACUUACUGGACUAAAGCUUGCAUUACAGUAAUGUUUUACUUUCACAAUAUAUUUUUAUUAACAGCACUGUGCAAAAGUCUGAGAAGCUUCUGAGAAAAUGCAAUUAAAACUUAUUAUAUAAACAAACGAUAACGAUUUUUGUUUUUUUAAAGAAAAAGCUCUACUCAGGAUUAGGGGUGGGAUGGUUUGGUUUGGAGAGACAGAUAAUCUGCUGGUGUUGAUCCACUGUGUUAUAUCAAGUCUUAAGUCAGUGCAGUUCACGCUUCAUGCAUCCCUCUGCUUUUAAAGAGAUGCGGAUUUCAUUUUCCAGCAGGACUUGGCACACUGCCCACACUGCCAAAAGUACCAAUUGGUCUUAUAUAACAUUCUAAUUUUCUGAGACACUGAUUUUUAGGUUUUACAUGUUUAACUAAAUUACUGAAAUAAAGCGACUUUUAAUUAUCUUAUUUUUUUUGAUGCACUAGUAUAAUGCUUUAUUGGUAAAACUAGAUUAAUAUAGUAAUAUUGUAUUAAUGUAAGUUUUUUUCAAGGCUGCUAAAGACUUUUGCACAGUACUGUAUGUAGUCAGUAUUUUUAUUUUAAGUCAGUGGAGUUGAUCAACUCUAUUUUAUCCUUUUUAGCAAAUGGAAUGCAUUUAAACAUGUGGGAGAAAGAAAAGGAGGUGUAAUUUCAUUAUUAAGCUUUUAUAUGUAACCCAGCCUUACAUGAAUAUUCUGCAGCACUUAUCUUAGACCAAUGAAUUUGCACUGUAUAGCAUUAUAGUACAGAUAGAUUUGUGAUUAUUGUCAUGGUACGGUUAUAUUCACUUUUCAUAAAAAGGCCCAGGUGGGAUUCAGGCGCACAGAUGUACAGAUUUAACUGUGGUAUUUUUAUGUUGUUUUUUUUUGUUGUUUUUUUACAUUUUUUAUUUUGUUAUCAUUGAACCACUGCUUUUUUUGAUCUGAUGGUCACUAUGUUCUUUAUUAAACCACUAGAAGGAAGGAAAAGCUAAUAUGAGAUGAUUUUCUCGCUUAGGCCUGAUAUUGGUCUGUUUUACAUAGUUAAUGGGGAUUUACACUUUAUUUUUAUUUUUUUGGUAUUAAAAAUGUAGUGAUAGAUUUAUUAAACAUCAGGGAGGUCACAGAUGUUUGUUAAGUGUGUAUGUACAUUUUGAACAAAAAGAGUUUGUACAUCUGUUAUGCAAAGUAAAAGAAUAAAGGUUUUAUUUUCAUGCGGUAUAUGUAGAUAUAAAUGAAUUAUUUGACUUGGCUGGUAUUUCCAUUAUAUCUUUUAUGGGCUAAAAUGCAAAAAUAUAUAUAUAUAUAUAUAUUUAAAGUUCAAGUUUACAGCAGCAAAUUUUAUGAAUUGUUAAGAUGAAUCGGGUCAGCUGCAUUAUAUUCCCACUUUCUUAAUUACUGCUCAUGUUGUAAGACUUUUGAAAUUGUGUUUGUUUGUUUGUUUGUUUGUUUUUUGAGGUUCAUAUAUAAUAUUUUUCUCUUUUUUAUAAUUCACAUUUUUAUACCAAGUAUCCCGUUUUAAAAAAUAUAAAUGGUCCAUACAACCAGUUUGUUAUGUCAAAUACAUUUUUAAUGCAUUGAAUUGUU